CGCACUCACUCACUGCCAGCAUCAGACGGUGGGUGAGGUGAAUAGUGUGUGGAAUGGGUGUAUGGCGCGGACGGCUGGUAAAGGCCAUAGGCCUCUGCUUGGUCUGUAACCUCCUUGGCUUGUUCUUCCUCCAUCGCCCGACACCCUGCCCGUCGUCGCCGCAGCGAUACGCCACCAUGCUGACAAAGGUCGAGUUGGAGCGUCUCCCGGUCUGUGCCUAUCCGAGUGCCUCCACAUCCCGACAUGUAUGGCCAAUGCCGCGCUCGUCGGACAAAUGGGGCCGCGACGGCCCGCUGCUGCUCGAUCUCCUGCAUCAACUGAUCGUCCAGCACGGCCUUGUCGUCAUCUUUCGCCGCGGCUCGCUCCUUGAGCUGUAUCGGGGCUUUCGUGGCGACGACGACCUUGACGUUUAUGUGCUCAUGCCUCGUGGCUCGUCGCUCGGCUGCUUCAACGCCAUGGUCUCUGCUGCCCUCCGCGAGCUCUCGCCGCUCCAUCGCGAGCGGAUCUCCCUGGCCUCGGGCUGGCCCUGGAGCUGGCUCGUCCGUACCGGCUUUGACACGCCUGUGCUAUGGGCCGGCCGGGCGUCGGUCGACGUCGAGUUGCUGAGCGAGGACUUGCUGCUUGAUCCGGCCUACGACGCCCGCAUUCGGGCAAAGCACGGUGGUUGGCGGGCGUGGGACGUCUUUGCUGAGCUCUGUGUCUGUCGGCACUUUGAGCUUGGGCCCGACAUCGAUCUGCUCUGCCCGGCUCCCGGCGCCGCAGCAGAGUAUCUUGCCCUCGCCUACGGCAGCGACUUUAUGGAGCCGCGUCCGGGUAAGGAGCUCGACUUUGAUCUUGACAACAGGCGGCGGCUGGUGCGGAACGGAGCCGCUAGCUGGGUGUUUGAGACCAACUACACGAGUAACUUGCACGUCAUGGUCGAUACCCAGUCUCUCCGCUUUGUGGUCAAAGUUGUCGCCACCCACGUCGAGAACCGCGGCAAGAUUGAAGCAACGGUGGUGGCGCAGCUGCCGCUGCUGGCACCGCACUGGAAGGGCCUCAAGAACAAGUUUGGAGCAGGGCCGAAGAAAACAGGCGUGGUGAAGAAGAUGUCGAAAGAGUAUGCGAAAGAGAAGAUGCCCACGGCAGACGUGAAUGAGACCAUUGUCGCGGUCGACGCUCCGGUGGAGAUGACGACGAGCGCGGCUGAGGAUCUCAUCUUGUUUAACUUGCUCCUCCGCGCGUGUCCCGAGCUCGGUAAGGAGAUCGUCGAGGCGGUGGAGAGUGAGACGAGCGGGGUCGUUGAGAUUGCGCUCGAUACGGGGGCAGAGGCCGAGCUUGUUUUUGUCGAUGCAAUUGGCACGACACCGCGCGGAUAUCCGAGCCGGCGCAAGGCGGUUAUCGGGAGCCUGGUGACGACUGGCGACCUAGAGCGGAUCGACGAGGAGCUGCAGGCACAGUCGCAGUCUGGCUACACAACCGAUCGGCGGAUCGGAAUCGACUCGACGUUGCAUCGGAUCUCCAAGGCCGAGCACGUCGGGGUGCCGAGCACGAUGACCCUGCGGCUCGGGCGACAUUACGCCGGAUCGUCUCGGCUUCUCGAGACAACGGUGGUGACCGGCGUGCUCGGCGCCGUGAACGAGGGCAAGUCGCUCUCAGUGCUCCUUGUCGGCCGGCCGUGCUCCGGCAAGACCACCCUUCUCCGUGAUCUGGUGGCUGAGCUCUCGGCCGAGCUGCGCAAGGGCGUGGUUGUUGUCGACACCUCGGGCGAGAUCGGCGGAUGGGGCACGGUGGCGCACGCCUCGCUCGGCCUGGCGCGCAGGAUGUUUGUGGCCAGGCGUGAGAGGCAGCGGGAGGUUCUGCUUGAGACGGUGCAGAACCACUCGCCGCAGGUUGUGGUCAUCGACGAGAUCCGCGACUCCGGCGAGGCGUCGGCAGCAGCGACGACUGCUGCCCGGGGCGUGUGCGUCAUCGCCACCGCGCAUGGCAACACGUUUGCAGACCUCACCGCCAACAAGGCGCAGCACACGCUGCUUGGCGGCAUCACGGACGUCAUUCUCUCCAGCAGCGAGGCAGCCGCAGCAGGUGCUGCGCGCAAGUCAACGCUCAACCGGACUGGCACCUCGCCGUUUGACCUCAUCAUCGAAGUACGCUCGUUUGACGAGUUGGCGGUCAUCGCCAACGUUGACGCUGCCGUCGAUGCUACGCUUGCCGGCAAGCCGGUGUCCAAGACCGUGUACCGCCGGCGGGGAGCUCCCGACGCGCCCGAGCCGCAGACCUAG